AUGCUGCCUACGCCCCUGCAGAGCGCUACUGUGAGAGCCCAGCUCCUCCAGUUUUACCGUACCGUAUAUGGCCUAGUGCAGCUCCAGCUACAACGCGUGGAGGCAAGAAUGACACCGGCGCUCCCCUACAUCAAGACAACCUGAUAGUAAGGACGGAUCUGUUUCAUUUCUAGAUUUAAAGAAUUACCAAAAUUAUGGCACUUGCCAUUGCACCUUUACGGACACGAUUGAUCGUGGCUGUUUUUGCAUUCAUUGCACUGUGGGGAAGUGCGCUUUCCAUCACUCGGUACUCUAUUCCGGAGGAGAUGGAAGAGGGCUCUUUUGUUGCCAAUCUGGCCACAGAUUUGGGUCUGGAUGUUCGCAGUUUGGUGCAGCGCAGAGCAAAGCUCGAUGUCAUUCACAGCAAAAAUUACCUUGACAUUAACAAAGAGACAGGGGAGCUGAUAAUCCGAGAGAAGAUAGACCGGGAAAGCAUAUGCAUGACUAAAACAACCUCGUGCUUUUUGAAAAUGGAUGUCAUACUCGAAAACCCCAUCCGCAUUUUUAACAUCGAGUUAGAAAUCAUGGACAUCAACGACAACGCGCCCGUGUUUCGCAGAAGGACAAUGCACUUGGACGUUUCGGAGGCAACCCCUCCCGGUGAGAGAUUUUCAUUGACAAACGCUGUAGAUGCGGAUGUGGGGGCGAAUUCAAUCAAGACCUACUAUCUCAGCGAAAGCAAAUACUUCAACAUCGACAUACAAACUGGCAGCGACGGUUCCAAAUAUGUCGAUUUAGUGCUAAACGGUAAUUUGGACAGAGAAGAGCAUGCAGUUCAUAAUUUGAUUUUAACCGCUGUGGAUGGAGGGUUGCCUCCCCGCUCCGGAACAGCCAGCAUCAUUAUUAAUGUGUUGGAUAUCAAUGACAACGCCCCCCUGUUCAGUCAGCCGGUAUUUGCGGUCAACGUUUCAGAGAACUCGGCUGUGGGGACAGUUGUCAUGACCUUAAACGCAACAGACUUGGAUGAAGGCACGAACGCUCAGUUAGUGUAUUCAUACACACUGUACACCUCAGAGAAGACUCAAGAGCUCUUCUCACUUGAUCCAAACUCAGGUGAGAUCAGGGUGAAGGGCGUGAUCGAUUAUGAAGAGAGUUCGAGUUUUGAGAUGUACGUACAGGCUCAAGACAGGGGGGUGAACCCACUGUCAGGUCACUGUAAAGUCAUGGUGUUCGUCACAGAUCUGAAUGAUAAUUACCCAGAGGUGACCAUCAAGUCUGUGAAAAGUGCAGUGACUGAGGAUGUCUCUCUAGGCACACUGAUCGCAGUGGUCAGUGUCAGCGACAGGGACUCUGGGGUCAACGGGGAAGUGGAGCUCACUUUGAGUCAGCAGCCGACUUUACCAUUCCUCCUAAACAAAUCGUCAGAGGGUUACUUUGAGCUGCUGAUCUCAAAGCCACUGGACAGAGAGAUAAUAAGCAGAUAUGACAUCAUGCUGAGGGUGACAGACAAAGGCUCGCCACCCUUAUCUGAAAACGAAACCAUCACUUUAGAGAUUCUUGAUGUCAAUGACAAUGCUCCCAUGUUCUCUCAGCCCUUCUACACAAUCCAUGUUGUGGAGAAUAAUCUACCAGGGGCAUUACUGACAUCUCUUAGUGCAUUUGACCCAGAUCUCAACGAGAACCAGUACUUGGUUUAUUUCAUAAUGGAAAAGGAGAUUGUUAACACAUCUAUGUCAAUGCUGUUCUCCAUCAACCCUGAGAAUGGUGAUCUCUAUGCCCUAAAGACCUUUGAUUACGAGAGAGAGAGGGAUUUCCUUUUCCACAUCGAGGCUAGAGACUCUGGUGUUCCCCCGCUGAGCAGCAAUGUGACAGUUCACAUCAUCAUUUUGGACCAAAAUGACAACACUCCUCUCAUAGUGUCACCUUGGCGGGCGCAGGGCUCUGUUGUUGAGCAGGUGAUUCCGAGGUCCACAGAUAAGGGACACCUGGUAGCCAAAGUGAUUGCAAUUGAUGCUGAUUCUGAGCAGAACUCCAGGGUCACAUAUCAGCUCCUGCAGAUCAGUGAUACAACCCUAUUCAGCCUGGACCAGUACAAUGGUGAAAUCCGGACAACAAGGAUGUUCAGUUACAGAGACCCAAGACAACAGCGACUGGUGGUUGUUGCCAAAGACAACGGUGAACCUGCCCUCUCCGCUACUGUCACCAUCAAGAUAUCAACAGUGGAACAUGUCAUGUCCUUUUCAGAGACCACAGAGCUGCCGCUAGAGUACGAUGUCUUCACAGACCUAAACCUGUACUUAGUCAUUGGUUUAGGCGCUGUGUCAUUUCUGCUAUUGAUAACCAUCUUGGUUAUUAUUGUGCUGAAGUGUCAAAAACCAAAGCCAAAGGCCAUCAAGAUCCCCCCAGCCAACAGAAACAGCGUAAUCAGCAGGAACAGUGUGAUCAGCCAGAGAAGUUCUACCAUCGCAGAUUCCACCCUGAUCUCCAGCGAUGCCUACUGGUACAGUUUGUUCCUCGCAGAGACCAGGAAAGGCAAAGUGGUCGUGAGACAGCCAAUAAUUCCCAAAGGAGCUGGGUAUUUUGUGUCCAGUAUACCCAGAAGCAUAGGGCCAAGUGAGACCACAGACUCCAGAGCAUCCACACUGGAGUUCUCAAAAUGAAAGGAAGUCCAUUCUACAACUGGAGCAGGAACCCAGAAGAGAACUGCCAUGAUAUAAUCAUCUCUUCAUGGGAGUCUCUGGCCGAAACCCUUCCCCCGUGACUCACAAAGAAGAUGUAAAAGAACUGUCCUCCCUCAGUCCCUCAGCUCCAACUGUUCUUUCUCUCUAGCUCGUCCAAUCCCCCAUACAACCAUCAACUAAUCACCUCAGCUUUCUACCUUCUUUUCUCUGUAAAGCAUGAAUCUGCAUGAUUCUACAACAUGUUCAUAGAACUGACACCAUUUAGGGCAGGAUAAUUUGACAUUUUUAGGUUUGUCUCAUGUAGUAAAUCAUUUCCUCUCUAACGCUCUCAAACUCCUCCAUGGACGAGUUUGCCUUCUCUCCAGGGUAUACGCCGUGUGCUGUAGUUCUAGAAACCAUCAUUAGCUCACCAUAGAGUAUAUGUAAGUUGCCAUCAUGCCAUAUUUUUUAAGCAAGGGUUCAAAACACGCCUAUUUACAAAUACAGGUAUGAAUCAGGGUGAAUAUGAUUCUUCCAUAAAUCUGAUGAAUACUGAACUGUAGUUAUGUCAGUGAUUCAGGCUUUCUACUUGGUGUUUUUUCCGUUUUGAACAAUCAUUUCUGCUGUAUAGUGAGUCUUGGUGUUCAACAAGACUCACUCCCAGCUAGAAACAGGUCUGAUUUUAGAUUUCUCCAUUUUUUUACAGUGUUGAACUUAACAAUGAUGAAUGUGUGAAAACAACAACAACAACAACAACAAAAAAAAAUCAUAAAAGAAUGAAAGAAAACCAACAUGGAAAAAACAAACCUAGGAGACACACUGUUUAUCUUUGUAUUUGAUUGUAAAUACCAUAGUUCUUUAGAAAUGACAAUGAGGUCAGAGAAGCAAAAAGACUUUUGACACUAACAUCAGGUGUGCAGUUCAUACCUUUUAGACAUCUGUGCUGUUAAGAAAAGAAAAGAAACAGUUGACUGGGCAUUUAGUUAUUUGGCUGCAAUGGGGAGGGAAGAAUUACACAGCAAUAUCAAAAUAUCUUAAUCGUGAUAACGUUUACGCUCAAAAUUGAGCAAAUCCUGUUUCAGCCUGUCCCCUCUCAGCGAGGAUGCAUGGGGGUGGUGAGUCAGCAAGGACAUAUGGGGGAGGUGGUCAGAGGUACUGUGACACCACAGGGUGGGGCCAGAAUGGGGGUCAAAAGUCAAUUCAGUUAUCUUUAUAAUUACGCAUUGCCACACUUCAAAGCUAUUAUUUUCCAAGUUUGUGCUAAUCGGUUAAACAAUACGACUACAGUGGAAACUAAAAACAAAAUAUUUUGUCAGGUUCAAGAGUAAGAAUAUUAAAAUGUAUUUAUCUUUGUCAUGGCACAAGGGAAUAUAAGGUGCAGGCAAGGUGUUGUUUUAUGAACAUUCAUGUUUUUAUAGUAUUUUAUGUAUGAGGUUUUAAUGCUGCUUCUGUGAGCUUCUUCAAAGGCAUUUUGUGUUGCAUAUUUGUAGUUUAGUGCAUAUAAUGUUGUUUUGAUAGUGUGCAUAAGUUAAAAUUGAAACUAGAGUACUUUUCUUGACCUCAGAGGUAGCGCUGUUGCACUACUGUGAAGCCCAGGACUUCAAUUUCUCAGACAAAAAAGGAGCUUAUGAGGACCAGUAAUUAGGGUGCUAAGUGAUCAAGUCUAUUUGGGUGAGGUGAGACUGGAUUUUGAGAAGGAGAACAUAGCAUUAAUUAUGGCUGCAGUGUUCUAGUGCUGACACUGCAAGACAGAAAACACUGCAGAACACACAGAGAAUAUGAAGCAGAUGACAGCACUUUGAAAUGUGCGCUGAAUCUAAAUGUAAUCCAGUGGAUAUAUAUUGAGCUGCAUGCAGUGAAUCUUUGAAAUCUCACCUCUCUCUUCCUCUCUCACUGUUGCCUGAUGUUGGUGUUACACUAGGCUGCCCAGACAUAAACACUGCUGUCUGUCCGUCUGUCUGCCUGUCUGUCUGUCAGACUGACUGAAGACAUCACUUAAUAAUGAGGGAUCUCUUGCUGUGGAGAACAUGUUAUGUGUGCAAUCAAUGCCUGAACCGGUUGAUUCCAACAGUGCUCAAAAGAAUGAGUACAUUGCAUAUAUAUGAUGAGUUCCUUGCGUGCCUUCUGCAUUGUGAAAGAUGUAUAUGACUGUUGAUGAAUGAAAUAAUGGCAUGUCAGACAAUAUUACAAAUUACAGUCACCCCAAUGGUAAAAUACCUUGAAUUGCUAAAGCUGUUGUUGGAAUAGGGGCUCAGCCUUUCGGUCUCAGAGCAGAUGUUCUAUGAAGAACCAGUAGAUGCAUUUACUGUAAAUUGAAAUGCUUUAUACUUUGUGUUUUUUAUACAGUAGACUUUUUGAUAUCUUCUGUAUUCACUGUGAUCCCAUUGCACAGGAGGUGCUUGUGCUUGACAUAGUAAAAGUGUGUUUUUUUCUCAUUUGUGUACACAGCUCAGUUUUUCCUCUGCUCAGUUGUCAGAUUGUACAGUAUGCUAUGAGAGUUGCAUCAAACGUCACGCAUUUCCAUCCCACUUAGUGGAUCCAAAAGAGUAUGGGAGAGAAUGGUCUCGCUUUAUUUUCAAGUCUAGUUAAUUGUUGGAUUUUGGUGUUGCUUAUUUGGCUUAAAUGUUCUGCCUGAUACUAGUUUGAAUAAAGCUUUUUAAUCUGUC